UACACGGGACGCUGAGUAAGCACUGCUCCCUGAUCAGGCCUCCUCCUCCUCCUCUUCCUCCUCCUCUUUUUUUCUGGGCUGGUUUUGCUACAUAACCAGUAGAAGUAUGAUUACAGGAUCGAUGAGCAAAUCUAUUGGCUCGAUCUGGUGCCAGUCCGAAUGAGAGUCUUAUCUGUAUCACAGGAGCAAAGCAGAAAGUGAAAAUGCUCUGAGGAAACGCUGCUAGAGCUGGUGGAAUGAUCUGAGGAGUGGGACAGCAGCAUCCCAGACGCCUUUAAAAUGUCAGAGAGGAUCUUUUAGUGUCCAGAAAACACACCAAAGGUUUUUGUCCUAUUAGCCAUGCCCCUCCUACCCACUUGGCUGAAAUGUCAAAGUCCACCUGUGCAUGGUGAGAAGAAAAGCAACUCAGAGUCCAUGACAUAUGGCACCUUCAGGUGGAUGGGCUACAAUGGCUGAAAACCACAUCAGGUGUCACUCCCUUCAGCCAAGAACAAAGACUCACCCAAAUGGGACAGUUCAAGCGAUGAACACAUUUUUGCCAAGUUGUGUUGUGUACACUGAUGUGGACAUCAUUUAAAGCUCUUUACCUGUAUCUGCAUGAUUGUUCUGUGCUGCUGCUAGAUGAUUGGCUAAUUGCAUAUUUGAUGAUUGGGGAAUUAGAUAUUGGACAUCAGUUGUUUCUAUUAAAGUGGCAAAGUGGCCAGCUGGGUUCCUUGUUGUCUGCCAGCUUUGAUCUGUGGUUUACCCAUGCCUCCAGCCUCCCUCGAUGACAGAUUUGUGGUGCCGCUCCAAUUUUAUCUGGACACAACCUACCUGGAAGCCACCGUGGGCACCAUUGUGGUGGAGAUCCAGGUGACCAACCUUAUUUAUAUGCCCUCAUCCAGCAGCUCUACCCGUUCCCUUACGUGUGGAUGCAACACUGCCAGCUGUUGCACGGUGAGCACCUACGAAAAAGACAGCCAGACACAGACCCUGACCCAAACACAGAGCCAGGUCAGUACCAGUAGCCCCAACUUGAAUUCCGGAGUGAACUAUGGUGGGCAAGGAGGUUUCUCCAGGCCGACGGUGGGCCAGAGUGAAACCUACAGUGCACCCAGUCUCACUUCCGCCACACCCAGAGGUGGUGUGCGUAUCAUCCACCAGAAUGAGCUGGCUCAGAAGAUGACACAUUAUCUCACAGGUCAUCCAGUAGGACCUCUGCCGAUGAUAAUAGACUGUAGACCCUUUAUGGACUACAACAAGAGCCAUAUCCGUGGUGCUGUGCAUAUUAACUGCUCAGACAAGAUCAGCCGCCGGCGUCUGCAGCAGGGCAAGAUCACUGUGCUGGAUCUCAUUUCCUCCUACCUGAGCAGAGACUCAUUUAGGGGGAUUUUUUCUAAAGAGAUCAUUAUUUAUGAUGAGAGGACACAGGACCCAGCACGACUUUCAUCCUCUCAACCUCUGAGUAUAGUUCUGGAGUCUCUACACAGGGAUGGGAGGGACCCAAUGGUUCUCCAAGGUGGCAUUUCCAGUUUCAGACAGACCUAUGAGGACUUAUGUGAGGACUCCCUACAACUUCAGGAGGGUCACGAUGGUGGUGCAGCUGUUGCUCUUUCGGGGGCACUACCUCACACGCUGCCCUCCAGCCCUGACAUUGAGAAUGCUGAGCUAACAACUAUUCUGCCCUUCUUGUACCUGGGCAAUGAGCAUGAUGCACAGGACCUUGACCAAAUGCAAAGGUUGAACAUUGGAUACAUUCUCAAUGUUACCACACACCUCCCACUAUACCUCUAUGACCUUGGGAUGUUCAAGUAUAAACGCUUACCUGCCACCGACAGCAACAAGCAGAACCUACGUCAGUACUUUGAAGAAGCAUUUGAAUUUAUAGAAGAAGCUCACCAGGCAGGCAAGGGACUGCUCAUUCACUGCCAGGCAGGUGUGUCCCGGUCUGCCACUAUUGUCAUUGCGUACCUGAUGAAACACACUUGGAUGACCAUGACAGAUGCCUACAAGUUUGUCAAGAUGCGAAGGCCGAUCAUCUCGCCCAACCUCACCUUCAUGGGCCAGCUCCUUGAGUUUGAAGAAGAUCUCAAUAAUGGAAUCACUCCUCGCAUACUCACGCCCAAGCUGAUCGGAGUAGAGACCGUUGUAUAGAUUUGAUUGAUUUAAGCUUUACGAGCACAUUCUCCUCUUUUUCUUUUCUUUUUUUUUUCCCACCGGAAGAGUGUCUGUGAAUGGGAUGCAUGGCUCAAAGACUCAAGUUAUGUUUUAUUUAUUUAUUUUUUUUAUUUAGCAUGGAUUUUGGAAAAUGCAUGACUUCUUUGUUCCCUAAAGCUGCCCGUUUGGUGUGUUAGUUGUUCUUGUACUAUUUUUAUAGCACCACGAUGACAUUGACCGUGAUGAGCCUGAAGUGGCUUCACUGUGCAACGCUAUGAGUGAAAUGCAAGUGGUGGUUCAUCUGGAUCCCAGCAGUAGGUGAUGAACACCUUCACAGGUCUCUUUGUUCAAGAUAUUUUUUAUUUGUUUAUUUAUUUAUUAUUAUAUUACUAAUAUGUUCAGCUUAAUGUAAAGCCAGUGUUCUUGGCAUGAACCUUUUAUUAGAUACAUUUUUAGUUUUUUAACAAUAUGGAAGAUUUCUCUCUGUAUCUCAUACCAAAUAAUUGAACAAAGGCUGUGGUGUAUGUUUAUGUGUCAGGAACUUGUGUGCCAGAAAUAUGUCCAAAUAAGAAAUCUAUGCUGCAUGAACACCCAAGACGUGAAGAUUCAGUAUAAUAUUCAGUAUAAUCCUCUUUAAAUGUUAUAUGAUAUUUAUCAUAUACUGUGGAUUUGAAUUCCACUAUCAACUUACACUGCUCUUAAUAUCAACCUAAAAGGAAACCCUGUUUUAAACCCUAGUUUGCAUUCAUACACUCAUUUACAUUUUUUAUUAUUUACCACUUUUUUUUUUAAACAUUUUUCUUUAUCCAAAUGACACAUUUAAAUAAUUUCAGUAUUCAAAUUUGUCUGCUGUUUUUUUUUCACAGCUUUGCCUAUAGUUAUCACUUGACUACAUAUCCAGCAGGUUUCUACCACGUUAACACUGUGGCAAACAAAGUUGUACACCGUAACAAAGUUACACCUGCAAGCAGUACAACACACUUAGAAAUACAACCAUAAAAUACAGGAAAUAGAUGCUUCAAAAAGACCCCCAUGUAAGGUGACGUUUGGACUUGAGACGCUGUACUGUUGUUAUAUUGUAGGGCUAUAUCAGAUAGAGGAGUGUAUAAUGCUUUUUAAAAAAAAAUCUUAUUCAAAAUAUAUAAUGCAAGAUCUUUUUUAAAUGUAUUUUGCUUCUGCUUUUCUUUUCAUUUUUUUCUUUCUCUUUUACCGGUGUUAGACUUGAAACCUGGUCCUUUAAGAAACUACUCUAAAAUGAUUGCCUACUCAGUACAUAACGUAUACUAUAAGGGUGUAUAAAGUAUAUACAGUAUAAUAUACCCUACGUUGUUCUUUCAGCUGUUACCUGUUCAGGUAAUCGCCACAGCGGGUCAUCCGGUUUACAGCAGAUGCUCCUUAUACUUAUGUUUAAAUUAAGAUUUAUUUGUAUAGCGCUUUUAACAACUGACAUUGUCUCAAAGCAGCUUUAAAUAUCUAGAUUAUAUAUUAAAUCUACUUUUUUUUAUCCAUUCUAUUCAUUUUUCAGGAAUUGAUGUGUAUACUGUUACUUCUUUAAAUAAAUAUUUAUAUGGAGUGUUUAUGUGGGUUUGCUGUUUUAUAUACAGCACUAGAAGAUAUUUUAUUUGUGCUUGUUAUCAGCUCAUUGUGUCUCUUUCUGUCCGAGCAUUACAUCAUUCACAUCUGUUCUGGUACCCGCUCAAAAAAAAGGUGCUAUAUUAACGGAGGCCUUCGAAACCUUAUCUGUGAUAUGCUCUGGUACCUUAUUUUCUUUCCCCAAUGUUCCAAUAGUUAUUAUUGUUUUUAACCUUAAUAACAAAGCUUCGGUCCUGAAGUGUUUCUGUCAUAUGAUUUGGAAAUAAAACA